AUGACUUUACAGGAGCUCUUUGCAUCUAUGCACAACGUAAGAAUUUAUGAACUUUGUCACACUUAUGGAUGCUAUGAUUCAAGUGAUACUCAACUCUGUGUGACACUGGACGGUGAAGAAGUCUACCAUGCAGAUUUUAAGAAAGGGGUAUUGGAUUGGGAGAGCAAAAUCCCUGUAGUUCUCCAUGUUCCCCACGCCUACAAUUAUGCGGUAUAUUACCGAGCAACAUGCAGAGGAGACUUGUUGAGAUGGAAACCAGACAAGUCAGCUGCAACAAAACCUAGAAAAGCACCAGAAGUCAUCGUUUACCCAAAAGAUGAAGUGAUAAAGGAUGAAGAGAAUACUCUCAUCUGCUUCAUCAACCAUUUCUUCCCUUCCAACAUCAACAUAAAGUGGACAAAAAAUGAUGUAGAAGUAGCAGUCGAAGAUCCUUUAAUCAAGUGCUUGCCCAAUCCUGAUGGGUCAUUUUACGUCUUUUCCACCCUGGACUUUGUCCCAGAUGAAGGAGACAUCUACGGCUGCACUGUGGAACAUGUGGCACUGGAGGAACCUCGGACCAAGUUUUGGGAGGCUGACAUGAAGGAGACUACCAUUGGUUCAGACGUCUUCUGCGGACUUGGCCUGAGCCUUGGACUUCUCGGGGGUGCUGCAGGAAUAUUCUUUUUUGUUAAAGGAAAACAUUAUCAGGCCAUCCUGGUGACCUAGUGGGUUAAGCAUACUGUGUUUAUGACAUCCCUGGUUCAUUUCCAGCCGGGGACCUUUGUAGAAUAGAUCUUUAUUGUCAUUGUCACCAGGUACAACGAAAUUAAAAACUGUAAAAAUAUUACAUGUCAUUUCUCCUUUCUCAGUUCUUUUGUUUCCUUUUAUUUUUCAGUUAUCCAAUAUCAAUUAAAGAGGAAA